AUCCCCGGGGGAGAGCAUCACGAAGCAGGUAGACACCCUGGAUGCCACAAAAUCCCCCAGGAGCGGGCAGUCACACCGCAAAACGUCCAGGAGCAUGAGCCUGACUGCGGCCAUGGAGAGCACCUGCGAGCUGGACCUGGUGUACAUCACGGAGCGGAUCAUUGCCGUCUCCUACCCCAGCACGGCCGAGGAGCAGAGCUUCUGCAGCAACCUCCGCGAGGUGGCCCACAUGCUGAAGUCCAAGCAUGGGGACAACUACGUGCUUUUCAACCUCUCCGAGCGGAGACAUGACAUCAGCAAACUUCACCCCAAGGUGCUGGAUUUCGGGUGGCCUGACCUGCACACCCCGGCGCUGGAGAAGAUCUGCAGCAUUUGCAAAGCCAUGGACACAUGGCUCAACGCAGCAGCGCACAACGUGGUGGUGCUGCACAACAAGGGGAACCGUGGCCGGCUGGGGGUGGUGGUGGCUGCCUACAUGCACUACAGCAACAUCUCAGCCAGCGCUGACCAGGCUCUGGACAGGUUUGCCAUGAAGCGCUUCUAUGAGGACAAAGUAGUGCCAGUGGGACAGCCAUCCCAGAAGAGGUACAUCCAUUACUUCAGCGGGCUCCUGUCCGGCAGCAUCAAGAUGAACAACAAGCCUCUCUUCCUCCACCACGUCAUCAUGCACGGCAUCCCCAACUUUGAGUCAAAAGGCGGUUGUCGUCCCUUCCUGAAAAUCUACCAGGCCAUGCAGCCCGUCUACACCUCGGGGAUCUACAACGUGCAAGGAGACAGCCAGACGGGCAUCUGCAUCACCAUCGAGCCUGGCUUGCUCCUCAAGGGCGAUAUCUUGCUGAAGUGUUACCACAAGAAGUUUCGCAGCCCGACCCGUGAUGUGAUUUUCCGCGUGCAGUUCCACACGUGCGCCGUGCAUGACCUUGACGUCGUCUUUGGCAAGGAGGACCUGGAUGAGGCCUUCAGAGAUGACCGCUUCCCCGAGUACGGGAAGGUGGAGUUUGUGUUCUCCUACGGCCCCGAGAAGAUCCAAGGCAUGGAGCACCUGGAGAACGGGCCCAGCGUUUCCGUGGACUACAACACGUCCGACCCACUCAUCCGGUGGGACUCCUAUGAGAACUUCAACAUCCAGCGUGAGGACAGCACGGAGGGUGCCUGGGCUGAGCCACCCCUGCCCGGCAAGCACCUGGAGAAAGGAAACCUCGUCGGGGAGCUGGAAAAACAGGAGUCUGCAGCCCAGCCGGUGCUGCGCAUGCUCUGGCGGGGGGGACACGGCUUGGGGGCCGUCCCCAUUGCCGUCUCGGUGGCUGGGGUCCCCCUGUGCCCCAAAAAUCUGGCUGCCCCAUUUGGAAAGAGGGGUUUGAUUUCCUGGCAGCAGCAAGGAGGGAGCCGGCCGCCUUCCCGGCUGCAGGAGGGCGGCGUGGAGAGCCACAGCCCCAGCGUCUCCAGCUGCAGCCCCCAGCCCAGUCCGCUGCAGCCGGUGCCCCCGCACAGCCACAGCAUGCCUGAAUUCCCCCGGGCGCCCUCCCGCCGGGAGAUUGAGCAGUCCAUUGAAGCGCUCGACGUCCUCAUGCUGGACCUUGCGCCUGCCGUGCACAAAUCACAGAGCGUCCCUGCUGCCUUCCGCCAGGACAAGCCAGCAGGACCCUUGCUCUCCUCCCUCUCGGCCCAGCCCAUUGCCGGUCUCUACACCCGGCCGGCUCCACAAGUGGUCCAGCCAAGGUCCUUCGGCACCUCCGUGAGCCCCGUGGUCUCCGAGCCCGGGGGUAAAGCCUAUUCUCCUGGGGAGCUGGACUAUGGGGUGCACGAGUAUCGGGAAACCUAUUUGCCCUACAGCUACCAGCCGGCACCAGUGCCGGAGCCAAGGAGCUACAGCCAUGCCCCAGCCGGAGCACCGAUGGGCAUCCUCCCGCUCAGCACCUCCUACAGCCCGGUCGGGUCUCAGCAGCUCCUUGUGUCCUCCCCGCCUUCCCCCACCGUCCCACCACAAACCCAGAUGCUCCCCAAAGGACCGGAGAGCUACGAAGACCUGUCAAGGUCAGCAGAAGAGCCGUUGAAUCUGGAGGGCCUGGUGGCCCACAGGGUGGCAGGGGUGCAGUCCCGGGAGAAGCCCCCGGAGGAGAGCGCCGUCCCUGCCCGCAAGCGGACCCCUAGCGACAGCCACUAUGAGAAGAGCUCACCGGAGCCCAGCUCGCCCCGCAGCCCCACCGUCCUCUCGCCUGAGGUGGUCAGCACCAUUGCGGCCAACCCUGGAGGGAGGCCCAAAGAGCCUCACCUCCACAGCUACAAGGAAGCCUUCGAAGAGAUGGAGGGUGCCUCCCCCACCAGCCCACCCUCUGGCGGCGUGCGUUCUCCCCCUGGCCUGGCCAAGACCCCGCUCUCAGCGCUAGGGCUGAAACCCCACAACCCAGCCGAGAUCCUGCUGCAUCCAGUGGGAGAGCUAGAAGGGGAGGCGGGCGGUGGCUCUGAAGAAGAGCCCAGGAGCUACGUCGAGUCGGUGGCCCGCACGGCCACGACGGGCAGGGGAGGGAGCCUGCCUGCUGCCCAGGCUGGGGGCCCAGAGGUGCCUGCCAGGAACGGCACCUUCACCAACUCCUUCACUGCCCCCAGCCCCGUCUCCACCAGCAGCCCCAUUCACAGCGUGGACGGGGCCUCCCUCCGCAGCUACCCAUCGGGGGGCAGCCCCCAUGGCACGGUUACACCUCCCCAUGCCUCGGCUGAGCCUGUUUACCGGUCGCCUGUCGGCUCGCAGAUGCCCUCUGCUCACAGCAGCUACCAAAACUCGUCUCCAUCUUCCUUUGCAAUGGUCCAAGGUGGGGUCCCGGGCUCAGCGUAUGCCAGCCCCGACUACCCUGAUGGCCGAGCCGGCCUCCAGCUGGACCCCCAAGCUCGGCCGCAGCCGCAGGUCAAUGUGGUGGGGGGCCCAGUCCUGCGGGUGUCGGCCGGGGCCCGCUCCAACAGCCUGCCCAACUACGCCACCAUCAACGGCAAGGCAUCCUCGCCCCUCUCCAGCGGCAUGUCCAGCCCCAGCGGUGGGAGCGCUGUCACCUUCUCUCACACUCUGCCGGACUUUUCCAAGUUCUCCAUGCCAGACAUCAGCCCCGAGACUCGUGCCAAUGUCAAGUUUGUGCAGGACACUUCCAAGUACUGGUAUAAACCGGAGAUCUCCAGGGAGCAGGCCAUUGCACUGCUGAAGGACAGGGAGCCAGGGGCUUUCAUCAUCCGAGACAGCCACUCCUUCCGGGGAGCCUACGGCCUCGCCAUGAAAGUAGCUUCUCCACCUCCCACGGUCAUGCAGCAGAACAAGAAAGGAGACAUCACCAAUGAGCUGGUGAGGCACUUCCUCAUCGAGACCAGCCCGCGGGGUGUGAAACUAAAAGGAUGCCCCAACGAGCCCAAUUUUGGUUGCCUCUCAGCUCUGGUGUACCAGCACUCCAUCAUGCCCUUGGCCCUGCCCUGCAAGCUGGUCAUACCUGACCGAGAUCCCAUGGAGGAAAAGAAAGACACCGUGUCGGCCACCAACUCGGCCACAGACCUCCUCAAACAGGGUGCGGCCUGCAACGUCCUCUUCAUCAAUUCGGUGGAGAUGGAGUCACUGACGGGCCCCCAGGCCAUUGCGAAGGCCGUUGCCGAGACGCUGGUGGCCGACCCCACACCCACCGCUACCAUCGUCCACUUCAAAGUCUCUGCACAAGGCAUCACUUUAACUGACAACCAGAGGAAAUUGUUCUUCCGACGACACUACCCCCUCAACACUGUCACCUUUUGCGACCUGGACCCCCAGGAACGAAAGUGGACUAAAACUGAUGGCAGCGGCCCGGCCAAGCUCUUCGGCUUCGUGGCCAGGAAGCAAGGGAGCACCACAGACAACAUCUGCCACCUCUUUGCCGAGCUGGACCCUGACCAACCGGCUGCAGCCAUCGUCAACUUUGUCUCCAGGGUCAUGCUUGGCUCUGGCCAGAAAAGAUGAGCCAGCACUUGCGGGUGAUUCUUGAAUUUUGGAGAAGGACUUGGAGCUGAUCCGAGAAGGAGUGUGAGGAAGUGCAUUGUGGGUUAGGGAAGUGAAUCGGGGGGGGAAAAGGGUUGGAAUUUUGGAGGAAAACAGCAAACAACAAAAAAAACCCCAACGAAACCCCUAUAAACUCAACACAAGCCAAACACACACAUAGAGGAACCAAAACCACGCACCUACAUAAGACAGCCACAAAGUCACGCCGGACAGGAUGCAUGUCCCAGCGCAGGGAAGGUGACCAAAGCGAAGGCAGCAGCGAGAGGCGUGUUCCCAGCUUUCGGCAUCACGGUCCCGAGCGGUGACAUCCACUUGGGGCCAAACGGGGGACCAUGACUGGUGUUUUCCAUCUGGAAAAAAAAGAGACAACCAUCAAAACCCAUGGAAGAAGCUCCAUCCCAGCAGCUCCAUUGGUGAAUGCUGCGUGUUUGAAAUGACCCGUAGAAGAUAACAAUGUGGGCUGGGUCUGCGGGACACCGGAGGAGAUGCCCUUGGAAACCUUCCCUUGCCCAGCUGCAGCGGAGGGCCCCCGCGCUUCUCCCAAAACCUGCUGGCCACCUGGCGACUUGCUGGGGGCGCGGGGGGGCUUUGUCUCGAGCCCUCCCGUCCCCAGGGAGCUCGGCCGUGGGCUGACAUCCGUUGCUGACCCAGAGCCCAGCGCUGGUCACAGGUGAGCUGCUGUGAGUCCACCUGGAGAGGGGGGUCACGGCAUUUCCCCACCUCCCCGGGGGUGCUUGUGACCCCAGCCCAUGGGCAGGUGUGGGGGGCUCCUGCCGUCCUGCACCUGGGGAAGGCAGAUGUUCCCUGGGAACCUCCCGGGAGGAUGUGGAAAGUCGCAUCCUCUCCCGUCUUCCCCUUUUCCCUCCCAUCACUAGUCUUGUUUGGCAAUUUUCUCCUGCGGCCUGUUACAUGUUCUCUUAACACAAAAAAACAAAA